UUCGUGCUUUUUAUAGGAGUAGUGAUAGGGUGUCCACCUGUUCCCGAGUUUUUUUUUUUGGCGUCCGCACCUCCCGCGGCCACCUCUAGCUAGACAGAGGGGAGCGGCGGCUCUGGCGGUGUCCCGGCGACGGUCCCACCGCCGUCCUCCUGCUCCGAGCGCGACCUUACAUCCCCGCCGAGGACACGACCAGCCUCCGUGCGGCGCCAGACCCGGCGUGGGCGCGCCGCCGCCGGAUCUGACCUCGCUAGGGCAGGGAAGGCAUUCCAAAGCGCGACGGGUCGCCGUGGCCGUGAGCGCGUCCCCACGGGCCUGUCGCGGCGGGUGGCCGAGGGCGUUCGGGGAGCGGACCGCAGAUGACAUCAAAGCUGCCUCCUUUGGCGUCGUUGAUUUGAGCAGGUUAUUCAGGGGAUUUAGAUUUAACUAGUGAUUUCUUUGUAAAAAAGAGCUCUUUCACCAUCUAGCGUUUCGGAAGGAUGCUUCAAGUUUUCCAUCCGUCCCCAAAAAGGAUGAACGGUGUCUCGCGGGGUGUCUAUCGCCGCCGCCUAAGUCAUUCCCGUGAAAUGGAGGUGCAGGCAGAUGCCGUCAGGGACUGGUCCAAGCUGCCGCCUGACAUGCUUGUUUUGGUCUUUGCCAAACUUGGUGCAGUUGAUGUUCUCAUGGGUGCUGGCCUUGUGUGCCACUCGUGGCUCGAGGCGGCAAAAGAACCCAGCAUAUGGCGAAAUGUCGACAUGGAGCACCAUGAUGUCUUGCGAGGGAAGAAGAAAAAGAGCCGCGAUGUCUUGUGUGCAAUGGCAAAAGCGGCCGUGGACCGCUCCAAAGGGGAGCUCGAGGUGUUCGCAGGGAGCGAGUUUGUUACUGAUCAGCUUCUCGAGUAUAUCGCAGAGAGAUCGCCCUCCCUCAAGAGCCUCAGCCUUGACUAUUGCCAUGUCUCCAACGAAGCAUUCACUGAGCUUAUAAUAAAGUUUCCUUUGCUCGAAGAACUUCUCAUUUCCCUAUGUCCAUUUGUUAAUGGUGACGCAUAUGAGGUCACCAGCAGAGCAUGUGCGCAGUUGAAGCGUCUCAUGUUGCGGCAAGGGUCAUAUGGGGGUGAGAGCGAUGGGGCACUUGGAAUUGAGAUGAUGCACGAGCUGCGAUACCUUACUCUCGUCGGUAGCGAUAUCACGACAGAGGAGCUGGUUGCCAUCAUCGAUGGCUGCCCUCAUCUGGAGCGCCUCUGCGUGCGCAACUGUUGCAACAUCGUUGUGGAUGGAGCCCUGCGAGCGAAGUGUUCAAGGAUCAAGACGCUGAUUCUCCCCCCUUUGCAGCACGUGCGCUGCCGUUACCGUUUUCACCCGGAUGAUACGAUUUUCACUGACAAGUUUGACGAUUGGAGAUCUUCCUAAAUGUGAUGAUUUGUCUCCAACGGCUAUCGAUCUAUCCAUAUAUAGACCAUAUGCGAAGGUAAACUCUGGUUUGUGGUGUUCUAAGAAGUUCCCAAGCUCGUGCAGACAGUGUUCAGCCCUUGGUCACCAGCUGCGUCAAGGUUGUGCUCUGCAUCCAGCACCGCGCACACAGCACCAUCACCAAUGCCAUGGCGUGCCCCUCCUGCUGCAUGCGGUUGCCACAUAUCAUUUCUUCUGAGCCUUUGUGGUUCCUGUUCGGUUGGUGGAGCAUCUUGGACUAAGAAGCAGUUCUUCAUAAAAUUACUGUACUGUUUUAAGAUUAGUACAAACAUGGUUCUUCUUGAUGUUUGGUUAUCAUUUGGACAUGUUAGUGUAUGGUGGUAAAAGCUAAUGGGUUGGAUAUUGAAGACCAUGGUUGGAUACAGAGUCAAGAAUUCUAGAAUUUGUCGGUGCUGAGUAUCUGAUCAUCAUAUAAAGCCUUUUACCUUUGCAGUC